UAGAUAUAGCGUAUAUAAAAUUUAGUUCGGGGUCCUCCGCGGUCUUAUAAUAUUGUAUAUGUAAUAAAGCACAAUACGAUACAUUUUCAAAGAAGUUUUAUUAUUGUUUUCUUAUUUUUAUACAUAGUCCAUUGAUAAUUAACAGAUGUCGCGAGAUUUAUGCAAAUUAUUACAAAAAUAGUCUUCAACUUCGUUUGUUGUCAUUGCUGUCAGCAUUCAUUCAUUUAGUUUUACAAAAAUGGAGUGUAAACAGCGUUCUGCAACAAAAUCAAAAGUAAUGUUGUGUUAACUUUAUAUUUUGCAACGUAUAGUAGUCGUUUUCUCUUAAAUUAUCCAGCAAAAAAGCAAUUCUCUAAGUUUUAAGGUUAUGUUUUUGAAAUCUUUCUGCGAAAUUUGACUAAACAUAUGCAAUAUAAUGAAGACCAACAUGUGUUUGGGUUUCAGGGAGAUACAUUACAGAAUUGGAGCCCAUAUGCCAAAGAGUAUGAUCCUUUAAAGUCUGGCAGUAUCGAUGGAACAGAUACAGAGCCACACGAUAAAGCUAUUAGUCGUGCAAUACAAGCUCAUUAUGAACCACCUCAUGGGUUAAAAUCUAAACCUGAGAGAACCUUGUUCGUGGCUAGAUUUGGCCCAAAAAUUACAAAAUACGAUUUGAAAGAGUUUUUUUGCAGGUACGGAGAUGUUCUUUCUGCAAAAGUCAUAGUCGACGUUGUAACUGGCCUGUCCCAAGGUUAUGGAUUCGUAGAAAUGAGAAACGAAGACGAGGCUAGGAGAGCAAUUAGGCGUUGCGCGGAUACAACACUGAAGGGUUACAAAAUCUUUGUCGAUCACGAGUGUGGUCGCACCAUGAAAGGCUGGAAACCAAGGAGACUUGGCGGUGGUUUCGGUGGGAAGAAAGAAUCAGGCCAGCUGAGGUUUGGUGGAACUGAUAGACCAUUCAAGAAACCAAUUGUACCCAAUAUUAUAAGGCAUAAUUGAUAUAAUUUUGUAUUUACAAAUAUUUAUUUUUAAGUUGAAUGUUUUCGGUUUUGUACAAUAAACAAUGAUUAGAUAAAACACUAUUAAAAUGC